AUGCUCAGUCUUACGCGUAUCCUCCGCAAGAAAAUUCCUGUUCAUGAGUUGGCGGGGAAAAUUUCCCGCCCUCCCCUGCGACCCUUCUCUGUUGUUGUAGCGUCGGACGAGAAGGGUGGGAUUGGGGACGGUGGUACGAUCCCCUGGGAAAUACCUGAGGAUAUGCAAUACUUCAGAAGGGUAACGACAAACCUUCGGGGGAAAAAUGUAAAGCCAUCGCCAAGUAAACGGAAUGCUGUUGUGAUGGGGCGGAAAACAUGGGACAGUCUUCCACCAAAGUUCCGUCCACUGUCUAACCGCCUUAAUGUUGUGCUGUCACGAAGUGCGACAAAGGAACAGUUGUUGGCUGGUAUCCCUGAUCCCAUCAAACGAGCGGAGGCUGCGAAUGAUGUGGUUGCUGUGAACGGUGGGCUUGAAGACGCACUUCGGAUGUUGGUAAGUAAGGAGCACACAUCUUCUAUCGAAACGGUGUUUUGCAUUGGUGGCGGGACUAUAUAUAAACAAGCCCUUUGUGCCCCAUGCGUUAAUGUGUUGCAAGCUAUCCACCGGACGGUGGUCCGACCAGCCUCAAAUUCGUGUAGCGUUUUCUUUGACAUCCCAGCCGCAGGGACAAAGACCCUGGAAGGACUUGAGUUGGUGCGGGAAAGCAUAACGGACGAACGGGUAUCAACCGGAGCUGGCGGAAAGAAAUAUCAGUUUGAGAAGCUUGUCCCCCGAAACAGCGAAGAGGAGCAGUAUUUAAAUCUCGUUGGCCGCAUAAUUGAUGAGGGAUGUACGAAAUGUGACCGCACGGGUGUUGGUACCCGCUCCCUCUUUGGGGCCCAGAUGCGUUUCUCUCUCCGCAACAAUCGCCUGCCAUUACUAACCACGAAGCGUGUCUUUUGGCGUGGAGUAUGUGAAGAGCUGUUGUGGUUUCUUCGGGGAGAAACAAAUGCAAAGUUGCUGAGCGACAAGGGGAUUCACAUAUGGGAUGGGAAUGGCUCACGAGCAUUCCUUGACAGUCGUGGCUUGACUGAUUAUGAUGAGAUGGACCUCGGACCUGUUUAUGGCUUCCAGUGGAGGCAUUUUGGUGCCGACUAUAUUUCUUGCAAGGAGGAUUCCGAGGGGAAAGGUGUUGAUCAGAUUGCAAACAUUGUGAAGUCAUUGAUAGAGAACCCGGAUGACCGUCGCAUGAUUUGUACAGCUUGGAAUCCGGCCGCCUUGCCACGCAUGGCGCUCCCACCAUGCCACAUGAUGGCGCAAUUCUACGUGAGCAAUGGGGAACUCUCAUGCAUGUUGUACCAGCGGUCAUGUGAUAUGGGUCUUGGCGUCCCCUUCAAUAUUGCUUCGUAUGCACUGCUUACAUUCCUCAUGGCAAAAGCUUCUGGACUUCGGCCGGGCGAAUUGGUGCACACCCUUGGCGAUGCACAUGUUUACAGUAACCAUGUGGAGCCGUGUCGGAAGCAAUUGAAACGCGUGCCCCGCCCGUUCCCUUUCAUCGUGUUCAAACAAGACAAAGAGUUCCUGGAAGACUUUCAGGAAAGCGAUAUAGAGGUCAUCGAUUAUUCUCCGUACCCCGUAAUUUCUAUGGAGAUGGCGGUGUAG